GGAUCCCCUCGUGCCCUUCUCCAGAGCUUAAAGCCAGCUACGUAGCUCCUUGUCUCUACUCCCGGGUUCCGCCUGAAGUCUCUCGUUUGGUCGCGUCAUGUUCAACACCUGGAAGCAAGACAGCAACUCCUAUGUCGUGCUGCCCACAGGACCGCCGUUUGAACGUCCACCAAAUGGAAGGCCUCGGCGAUCAUCCUGCAACCCUUGUCGCACUAGAAAGAUCCGGUGUAGCAGCGAGCUCGCCGGCUGCCGCAACUGUCGAAAACGAAACUUGACCUGUGAUUAUGGGUGCGAGGACGGUGCUGACCUUGUCAUUGGGUCUGUGAAAGGGCGGCGGCGACGACUGAGUUGCACGUCUCGAUCAAGUGCGCCCAUGCUGUCUUCUCACACGCGCAAGGACAUUCCCGAUGACGCUUCUCCGGACGAGCUGGACAGUCCCCAGACUAAGGCCUGCCCUAAAGGGACAACUUGGUCUAUGUGGGAAUCAGCAGCUGGUAGCCUGACCGGGCCUCAGUCGGCUCCUCCCAACACCACUGGCAUCAGUCCCCAGCCCGACACGUCUCUAAAUUCCACUGUCGCCAUGCCUGACCUCAUCGGCACACCUGAGCAAAUAUGGAGGAUGGAGGAUCACAUGGUGCAACCGGCCUUCGAGCAGUCCAGGGCCAUCUCUGGGGGCCAUCAUUGUCAACUGAAUCGCUCUCCUUUCCCUGGUGCCUCGCCUGCCUUGAAGUCCAUCACAUGCUUAGAGACGGCAUUUGUUGGAACCGAUACAGCUCAAGGCAUCACGCCUGUCGUCGACAACAGCAGUCCUCCCUGCUGUCUGUGUCUGACCACGCCUCUGGAGGCAUGGGAGGGUCUCGUCAUCGACAUCUCGUCCAAGGAGGCCAUGGCAGAUGAUUUCGUGCAAUGCCAAAAGACAGCCAUGGCAAGCUGCGAGGCACUAGUGCGCUGCCAUGGAUGCUCCUGGCGGUCGCAAGACGUUAUGCUACUCAUAGACAUGUGCGCAAAGCUCCUUGAAAGCCUGAAGACGCAAGAUGGGGAGGUUUCCGCCUGUCCUCUGCCCAGGGAGCGGAUCGCUGGCAACGACACGGACAUGGACUCUGAAGAGGACGGAGAUCACAUGCCACGCAAACUGUGGACGGCACGAAUGCGCAGGCUGGGCCGCUUGAUAGCUGAAGUUGGUGGUUUGUUGGAGGGGGAGCAGUGGACGGCGCACAGGUGCUUGCUGCACAGCGUGCAGGUGGGAUUUAGAGGCGUCAUGUUCGGCUGGCACUGGCAAAGUAGCAGUGCUCAGGACCUCUAAUGAGACAUGGAAGUGUCCAGUCCACCCCGCGCCUGACGUAGGUCUAGUAGGCCGGACAACGGCAGGCUGCAGGUAAAUAGUGAAUACCUCCG